AGACCGCACGACCCUUACGCCUACAUUGUAUUCGACGAUGACGAGAUCGUGGAAGGUCGUAAGGUCUACAAAAACCCGAGAAAUGCCCCGUCGAAUUCGUGCCCGCGAGACGAAGGCGCCAUCGAGAGGGCGGGUCGAGCGUGCCUAAGGAGGUGCAGCACAGACGCAGACUGCCUUAGCAAGAGGAAAAUAUGCCUGUGUGAUGGGAUAUGUGGCCCCUCAUGCAUCAAACCAGACAAAGAGUGCGGGGAUCUCGAGAACCCAAUUUUCGGCUUCGUGGAAUACAACGGGAAGAUGGUCGGUUCCCAGGCGAGGUAUAAAUGCCAAGUGGGGUAUCAUCUCAUCGGCGAGCCUGAGAGAAUGUGCCAAGGAGAUGGCACUUGGUCCUAUACCCCCCCAGGAGUGCCACGAAAACUUAUACUGCACCGAACCGCCCAUCAUCCCCAACGCGAGACACGACGGCCCUGACAACAGCAAGAGAUAUCCAGUGAACCACACCUUGCACUACUCCUGCAACCAGGGCUACUCCACCUCUGGCUUUGACGUGGCUAAGUGCUUCCUCUACAACAACACGAUGCAGUGGUUCGGACCCGAGAUCGAGUGCGAGCCCAAGACCUGCGGCGACCCUGGAGCGAUUCUGAACGGCUACAAGAACAGCACCUGCCACGCCUACUCCUGUCGCAUCACUUACCAAUGUCGUCCUGGCUUCGAGCUGGAAGGGCACAGCCACUUCUAUUGCCAACACGACGGUUCCUGGAGCCCGAGAGAUUUGCCUGCUUGUAAACCCAUCCAGUGUCCCGUUCCCGAUAACCCGAGCAACGGCAAAGCAAUCUACAACACGACCGUCUACAACGCCCUCCUCAUCUACGAGUGUAACUACGGCUACAUGAUCGUAGGGCCUUCCAAGAGACGCUGUGGCCCGGACAAGUACUGGAGUGGGAGAACACCUGAGUGCAGAGAGAUCAACUGCGGCUCGCCCGGAAGCCUUCCCAACGGCUACAUCAAAGGCUUCCGCAGCAACCUCGGCGCCACCAUCGAGUUCCACUGCAACGAAAACAUGAAAUACGUCGGCUACAUCGACAGGAGGGCCAAGUGCCUGCAGAACGGGUCGUGGUCGCAGCCGGUGCCCAAGUGCCUCGCGCCCUGCAUCGUGCCCACCAUCGAGGACGGGCGUUUGCUGAGCGACGCCCGCGGCGGUGCCCUCGUGUCCGACGGGACGGUCAUCCAGGUCAUGUGCGACGAGGAUUUUGAGCCGACGUUCAAAGAAGUGCCGUCGGUUUGCACGAAUGGCACUUGGACUCACUACCCGCAGUGCCGUCCUGCCGGCUGCAAGCGCCUACCGGAGCGCCCACGCCACGGCAUGGUCAUCGCACCCCAGAGCGCCCACGGCAAAAGGGCGAGAUACAGAUGCAAGGACGGAUACCAGCUCGUGGGCCCUGCAACGACCGAGUGUCAGUUUGGCAACUGGACGGGGUCUGUUCCCCAUUGCAAGAUCGUGUACUGUCCGUUCCCGGGAUAUAUUACUAACGGACAAGUUAUGUUAGUAGGCAAUAUGGGCAUGUAUAUAUACCGACCUUACGUUAAGAAGGUCCGCAACAAUCGACUCAUACGGUACGAGUGUCUCAGAGGUUACUAUCUGUCCGAGGGUCCGCCGGGGGCCACGUGCAUUGCGGGGAAGUGGAGUCCGAAGCAGCUACCCAAAUGUUCCCCGAAGCUGCACCCGAGGCUCAACUGGCUCAAGAGAUCGGUGAGUUUAGCCGACUACUACGAGACCCUCAACCAGACUCAAGCCAACGCGAGUUUCCCCGAAGAAGCUCAACCCAGCGCAAGAUUUCAGGGCCGAUUCGCCGCUGGUUCUCGACUCGCGGAAACACGUCGAGAUUAUCCGUCUCUCUACGACGCUUCUUCUUCUUCUUCUUCUUCUUUUCCACCCCACCUUCAUCCAUCAUCUUCCACUCCUACAUCCACCCCUUCUCAUCCACCUCUCCGACUCCCUCCACCUUCCCAUCCCCCUUCAUCCUUCCCCUCUUCCCCUCCUCCUUCCACCCCUCCUCCUCUUCCACCUCUUCCUCCCUUCUCCUCUUCCUCUCCUUCUUCUUCUUCUCCCUCUCUUUCGCCUCGUAAUUCCCCCUCUAAAUCCUGGCUCAGCUUCCUCUCGAGAAAUGCCUCUCCUCUCCUCAUACGUCAUCGGAGAACGGCGAAGAAGGAAGAGGAAGGAGAGAACAAUAAAUCGAAGAAGAAAGGGAAGAAAACGCCCCACUGCCAGAACCUCGAACUCCAGCCUUUCCUCCAAGUCGAAGUGGUCAGGUCAGGGCGAGCCAACACCUCCUACGCGUCAGGAACUCGGGUCAAGGUCAGCUGUCAGAAGGGAUAUGGACUUAACAUAGGCAACAGGACGGCCAAGUGCUCGAGAGGGAAGUGGAAACCUAUGAAACCGGAGUGUGUGACGUUGCCAUGUUCAGUCCCCACCACGCCUCAUGGUCGGUACCUGUUCAACGGAGCAGCGGUGCCACAGAGAGCCACCAUCGGCCAUGCUGAGGUGGUCAAGUUUACGUGUGAGUCUGGCUAUCAUGUCCUCGGGUCUAACACUGUAAGAUGCUGGUUCGGCGAUUGGACAGUGACUGGGAAACCUCCAGAGUGCCAGCCAGACCCAUGCCAGCUCCCGAAGCUGGACCACGGAGGCUACACCGCCGGAUUCAUCGUCGGCUCGCACAUCAUGCACGGAUCCAUUGUCCCUUACACUUGCAAUGACGGCUGGCUUGUCAAUGUUGCAAAGAUUACGUGUCACUUGGGUCAGCUGGUUCCCGUGACGCCCUCUUGUGUCACUCCUGCGCAGGCGACUGACACCGGGAGCAACCUGCCGAAGGCGCUGAAGAGGGUGGAUAGUGCGAUGUCCUACAGCGAAGGUGACCUGACCCUCGGAGCUGACAUCACCGGCAUUGACUUCCUGACUAACCACCAGACGUCAUGCAGUCCCCCGGCGAGGGUCCAUGGCACAGCGAUCUUCAAGAACGGGCAGCCCGUGCAGAGGGAUGAGCGGAGAUUCCCGUCGGGCACCGAGAUAACCUUCAACUGCAUCUCCAACACCAUCGGCGAGAAGACCAGCUGGACGAUCCGGUGCGAGGACGGGUCGUGGCUGGGUCAAAGGUCACCCUCCACGUGUCGCGUGUCGGCGGGGCACGAGGCGCCCGACGUCGGGAACACCUCCUGCUUGUGGCGGAAGUCGGAGCCUCACCUCGUCACCUUUUACGACGAUCGCGAGGUCGAGGGCGAGGUCGAGGGCGAGGUGGUGGAGUUCCAGCCCGGCGCCGAGUUGGUGUCUCGUUGCGUGGACAUCGGGAAAUACAAACUGAUCGGGUCUGUACGAAGGGUGUGCGUCAACGGACAGUGGACGGGAGAAAAACCCAGUUGUUUUAGCCUGAAUAGAGAACAUGAGUAUGCACUCGACCGGCCUCCAACCAUCCUCUUCCGCCACAAGGACGGCCCCAUCGCCCAGACCAACGACGGCAGACUCCUGGCCUAUCCGGGCACGCAGCUCUACCUCGAGUGCCUGUGGAUGAGGAAAUACGGGACGCCGAGGUGGAACGUCUCUCAUGCGCACGGGAAGUACUGGACCGGCUGGACAACGGAUGCAAUGCGAGAUCCUCAGCUGGAGUACCGCUUGGCUCUCUACACUACUAACGUCGGGGAUACAGGCGAUUACACGUGCAUUACCCCCACGGGGCAUUCGCAUACUGUUGCUAUUGAUAUUAGACAAGUGGACUGCCCCUCCCUCCCUCCUCUCUCUGCAACGAAGGACCCCCACACCCCUUCCUACGAGCCAAAGGGAGCCACGAAACUCAACUCCAUCGUCACCUUCAGUUGCCAGUCGGGCUACACGCUACAGGGCCCGGGGCGAAUCAAGUGCCUGCCUUCGGGAAAGUGGUCGGACGCAUCGCCCGCCUGCAGGAGUGAGUGCCAUUUCAGAACUGUGAAUAUUGUUGUGUUUUUUCUUUUCUCUCUUUCCUUCUUUUUUAAUGUUUGAUUUCGUAUUCUAUUUUCUUUUAUUUUGUUUUGGUUUAUUGGUUUUGUUUUGUUUUUCAU